GCAGUGCAAGCAUUCUAGAGCUGGAGGCAGGACACUCCAUUUCAGUUGCUUGUCUUCCGCCCUCCUCACAAAUUAAGCACAAAAAAAAAACUGCCACCACAUAUUAUUGACUUAAAAAAACAAAAUCAAACAGCCAUCAAAACUUCAAAUAAAACCCAGUAUUGUAGGAGGUGAAGACAAGGAGGCAGAUUCUCUUUUCCUUUGCCCGUCAGUCCUGUGGGGGAAGCAAUGUCAAGUGAGGAGUAGCUGAUUGCGUACGGACAGGGAACAGAAGACAGCAGAGAGCAGGUAAGGGCCUGAGACACAGAGACACAGUCUCGGGACCAUGGGACAGCAGCUGAGCGAAGAGAACGACAAGGUGGAGAUCGACGUGGCGGAGCUGCAGGAGUGGUACAAGAAGUUUGUGGUGGAAUGCCCCAGCGGCACGCUCUUCAUGCACGAGUUCAAGGGAUUCUUUGGGGUGACAGACAACCAGGAAGCGUCAGAAUACAUCGAGAACAUGUUCCGGGCUUUCGACAAGAACGGGGACAACACGAUUGACUUCCUGGAAUAUGUGGCGGCAUUAAACCUGGUUCUGCGCGGCAAGCUGGAGCACAAACUGAAAUGGACCUUUAAAAUGUACGACAAAGACGGGAACGGCUGCAUCGACAAGACCGAGCUCCUCGAAAUCGUGGAGUCCAUAUACCGGCUGAAGAAGGCAUGCCAUGGGGACACAGAUGAGACAUGUCACCUCCUCACUCCAGAUCAAGUUGUGGACAGGAUAUUCCAGCUGGUCGAUGAGAAUGGCGAUGGCCAGCUGUCUCUGGAUGAGUUCAUCGAUGGGGCGCGGAGAGACAAGUGGGUGAUGAAGAUGCUGCAGAUGGACGUCAAUCCCGGCUGCUGGAUCAGCGAGCAGCGCAGGAAGAGUGCCCUGUUCUAGCGUGGCGCAGGCGCUCCAAAACAGGAUCUCUCCCGCGAUUCAGAGACCUCUCAGCCAUCACUCCUAAACCUUACGGUCUUCCACUCUUUUUUCCGUUUUCCUUUUUUGUAAAAAGAGGUUUCGGCUGCACUACUCUGCUCUGAUGGAGGCGUUCUGUGUAGAAGAGCUUGAAAGGCUCGAAAGGUUUUCUAGUCGAUAUGAGUUAUGUCUUUGUGUGGUAUCCUCCUGUCCCUGUAUUGGGAAUUCCUGUGAUGUGAAAUGGAGUUCCAAGAGAGGAGUGAUAGACAUGGAGGGACAACCUAGUUCAUGCAUCUCUUGGCACCAAAUGGAAAAACCCCUAUUUUCCACUGGAUUGGGCUGCUGCACAAUCCCUACAUGCAUCUGAACAUUCUAGAAUGCAAGCCAACAAACUGGGCAUCAUUGUCACCAGCAAACAGCAUCGUUUCAAACCUUAUAGUCCGCUGACACUAUUAAUCCGGAAUGCUUUAGGAGCAUCUUCCUAGGCUGUAAUUCAUUCUUAUGUAAGAAACAAUGGGUCAAAGUGCUUUUUUCCUGAUGUUCUUAAGGUCUUAGGAGAUUGGAUGAGAGCAGCUACUGCCCACACUGUUCUCAGUGAAGGAAAGCACUCAACAGCUCAUUACAGGAUUACAAGGCUCUUAAAACUUCACUUACAGGCUUGUAACAUCUGAGUGCUCUAAGUUGAUGCCUCUGCACUCUCAGCUCUGUGAGGGGAUACCUCCUUAUCAAGGCCUGAGGGAGCCUUUUUAUUCCAAAUUUUAAAAAAUCAUUUUGUCCAGAUUUCAUUCAUUGAUCGCCAACGUAUAUAUCUCUCUCCAGCACAAAUUAGGAUUUAAAUGUUUUAAACUGUUAACCCAACCUACAUCAAACACACUCAGAUGCUUAGGGAGCUCUCGGUACUGCAAAUGGUGUUUAUAACAAAUCCUAAUCUCAUAACUUCCGCUCUCCUACACAUAUACUGUAAGUUUCGCACCCGGGUCUUCACUUAUAUACCUAUCACCCAAUCCACACUUUUGCUGCAGCUCCCUAUCUCUUUCCUCACAAAAUUUAGGAGGGGAGUGUGGGCAGGCUCAUCCUCACAGAUAGGCUGCUAUUCCCUCUGCUAGUUGAAUCACGCAAAAUACUCUCUACAUUUGCUCUCUAAAUUUCACUUUAUAGGCUGUUUCCCAAUAUGCACACUUGCGGUCUUAUUCCCUUCAUGUGCGUGUUACUGAAGUCCGAAUCGGAAGGGACUUCGCUGAAGGGAAUUACCCCUAAUUCCUCACAGAAUCAUGUUCUAUAGCGAAGAGAUGUUGCCAAGGAGAAUAAUAUAUUCAGGUGGCAGUAGAUUUAACUUUUUUUCAGUUUUAAAACGUGUAAUAUUUUUAUGUAAAAACAGAAUUUCAUUGGACUAAUUUAGAUUGAUACUGUAUGUAUUCUAGGUACAAAGUUUUGACAUAAAGCUUUUAUUUCAUUUCCCCAUUUCGACCGACGAAUACUCGUUUGCCUGAGGGGUAUUUUGUACUAGGAAUGACGAAGUAUUUAAUACUAUAAAGCUCUGAGGUAUUGCAAAGUUUACCUUAUUUCGUUUACUUUAAAUUGACGUGAAUGAACGCAUUAUGUUGCUCGUACUGUAUUGUCAUUUUUAUACUGGGACAGACGAGAUGAAAUGUACUGUCUUUGGUAGUACAAAGCUGUGAAUAAACAGCGGUAUUGCAAAGUUGUUCCUAGAUAACUUCGCCUGUUUUGAUUCAAGCCUGCUCAAUAUGAAUGAACAAGACCUGUCACUACUUCUGUGCAGGUUUAGACAAGACCAAAUUUAAUUUCAUCAAACUCCAAGUGGAGAAGGAAAUAUUAUUUUAGAAAAAUAUCUACAAUAUCUAAAAAAACAUGCACUUAGCCACUGGAAAACAAGCAUCAACAACAGGAAAACAUUUUUACUCUGAGUUGCGUAACCAACACUUUUAUAAUGCUACACCCUUGAAUGAUCAUGAACUUUAAAUCCCAACUUCAGUGGAGUAGGACUUAGGGUUUUGGGCUACAGCUGGGACAAGACCACUCUCUGCUCUCUAUAUUUUUUCCCUUUAUCGCAUUCUUUGGAACCGAACUGAACUACUGAAAAGCAAGACAGACCAAGUGCUUGUAGAAAUGCUACUGUACCAGGACAGUGUUAGAGUUGCUAAGCGAAGCCACUAGUCCUGACAACUAGUUACAACUGAUAGCCAAUCUUCUGACAACAAGUUUCUGUCUGAAACAGAGAUGCUUUGAUGUGGUUGUUUUUCCUCUCUGUCUCUCUCCGAUGGUAGUGUUCUUAGAAAUCCCAGUUGUGUGAUGGCCUGUCAGAUUUUUCUCUCCACCUUUUGUUUGUCUUUGCAUGCUUCGUGACUUGUUGCCACUUUACUGUAUGUAAACCUUUUCAGUGAGAUUUGUUUUCUCUCUACCAAAGGAUCUCCUUGAAAACACCAGAGGAGCAGGGAUGUCUGAUUCAGCAAUCAGUGCUGCUAAAGCAUACUGCUAAAUCUGUGCUUAAACUGCUGAAUAAGCACUAUAAUGUCUUCCUGUCAGAAUUUCAGUUGCACCCCCUCAUCUCUACACUCAUUUAGGUACAACCCCUAUGACCCGCAGACAGAAUUCAUUUAACGAAUGUAAUGAACUUGGGAUAGGGAAGGGGGAGGUUGUGAAACCCCCCAAAAGUUUCACACCCCUGUCCUGACAUACACGUGGCCUUUUUGUUUUGUGAAACAGUCUCUGCAGUCCAUACAGCUUGAAGUCUUCUCAGUCAGCUCAGGUUUGCUUUCAAAGCCCAUUUCUAACAUCAUGCUUUCAGUCUUGGUUUGUUCUCAUCAUUUGUGCAUUAUUAAACAUUUCCUAGCCUGUGACCCAGCUCAGAACCUAACAAACCAUGUUGCUUUUAUUCAAAACCAUGCUCCUGAAAGGAACGUCCUUCUAGAUGUUCAGGAAAAGGUGGUCAGAAUUAUGAGAACAUUUUGGGUGGGUUUCAUGAAAAUACAAUUAGAUAACAUCAAUAAAACAGGAGACUAGAGACAGCCAAUGAUACCAGCGCUCACUGGUUUUGGCUACUUAUGGUUUUUCCAUUGUCUGGGAAACACAGUGUCCUAUUCAGGCAGUGCUAUAUUCUCACUAUGCUGCAGUGAAUGGAUGUGAAGAUUGUACAUACUUAUCUGGAUUUAGCACAUUUUUAGGCAAUACAGAAAAAAACUUUGUGCUUUUAAUCACUGAGACAGAAACACAUAAGCAAGACCAAUAAGCAAAAGCUGCUAUAAACUUUGUAUAUAUGAUUGCAAUAGAUUUUCCACUUUCUGGACAAAAAGGUAAUCCUGCUUGAAUGUCUAGGAUUUGUUGAAUUAAUGCUGUAUCGGUUUAGACCAACACUGAAACCUGGUUUAAAAAAGGAGCUUCAGUGCAGAUUACUGUAUGUUGACUGGACAGCAUUUUGUACUGUAUGUAUGACUGUAAAUAAAGAAUGUUUUAUUUAUAAAAGCCAAGACUGUGAUGUUCUUUUAGGAAAAUGCUGUGCUAUAAGAGGCAGGAAAGUGCAAAGCUAAUUACACUCUCUCAAAAGGCCUCAACCCUAUGUGCCUGCUGCUUGAUAUACCUAAUAAUCAUAUACUGUGGUAUAUUUGUAAGGUAUUUUCAGGUUUCCCAUGUAAACUCUAAACUAUCCAUUCAUGAUGCUGUGACAAAGGAUCCCACAGACAAUUUCUCUACUCUCUAGGAAUUUCCAUUUAAUUGGUAGUACUUAUUUUACAAAAGCAAUGUUUUGAAUAACUAAAUUCCUCUUUAUUUCAGGUUUUCAGAUUUUUAUUAUUCUUCGGAAGUCAUUACAAAGUCUUAACAUAGGUAUAGCAAACUAUUGUCAAAAUGACAACCACAGAGGAGAGCAGCAUGUGGUCACAUAGCCUCAUGCAGGGCCUGAUGCAGACCGUCACUGAGCAUUUCUUUUAUUUCCACAGUGGAUUCAAAGCAGUGCUUGUACUUUCACUUUGUGGAAAACACACCCUGUCCUGGUGAAGCUUUUAGUGUUGCCCACAGAGGCCCAAAACAUUGCUAACUAUGAUUCCUGACACUGGAGAGCUGAAUCAGUGUCUGUUGGCUGCAAAGAAACGACAUGAAAAUGUUGAAAAUCCAUGCUGAAUCCCAUGCUGAAAUCCCAAUCCCAUGCUGAAAAGUAGAAAGGAAAAACACAAAAAACGUGUCAAUUUGAACUUCUAUUUUUUUUUGCAUAUUUCGGUAAGUGAGUGUACAAUAGCUUCCAAGUAUAAAGAAACCCUUUCAGGUCUGGUUCAGGUUUCAUUGCAUAUCUGCCAUUUGCACACUUUUGUGGUUCCAAAUCUCACUUUAAAACCUAUGGUGGUGAAGGUAUUUGUGGUGCACUAAUAGUGAGGGUUAAUACACCCGGACUACUGGAGUCUUGAGGAUUGUAAUCCGCAGAUCACCUAGCCUGAGUAUUGACAUCAUUCCUGAUGGGAAAAGUCUAUUCUUGACUCACUGGUUCCACGUCAAUUGGAUUUCCAUGAGCCAAUUUGCUGUACUCCUGCAUUAAGUCUGGCUCUUAAGAUCAUGAGGCUCUAACAGGAAUGUUGUCUGAUCACAGAGGCAAUAGGUCUUGUUAUUUCCACAGCCCAUUGGCAAGAAUUUCUGGGUCAUGCCACACAAGUCUUAUGGGUAAUGGAUAUUUUUUAAACAAUGAGAGUGACAAUGGAAUGAUCCUUCAGGGGAAUUAUUCAGACUAGGAGUCUAGAACCUAGCAUUCCACUUUUAUUGUUCGCAUUCUUCAUUAGCUUACCAUCUUGAUCAGCCAGACUUCACCACUUUUUUGAUUGACAGGAAAAACAAACACCUUUUGCCUUUUUUGAAAACUUGUAGAUCAACGUAGGCUGUAGACAUUCAGGUCUAGUGUAAAAAAAAAUAUUUAUGGUGAAAUAUUCACUUGCAACUUAAAACAUUAGAAAGGAGUUAAUAAAGAGGAGUCCUUUUAGCCUACGUCACUCAUUAUCUGCAAUCACAUGAUCAGUGCUGGCCAAUCAACAUAACCUGCUUGUCUUUGAGAGGAAACUAGAGCACCUGCAGAAAACACACACAAACAGGGAAAACAUACUGUACACACUCUACAAAGACGGCAACUCAGUCUGGAAGUCUGGAAACUCAAGACCCAAAAGCUGUGAGUCAGGGAUGCUAAUUACUAUGCCAUACUAAUUUCAUCUCCUCCGUCAAGAAGCACAGAGGAGGAAGGCCAGGAGAUCCUCUGAGAGAUGUGAAGUGAAUUACUGUACAAUUGGA